GGCGGGCGUGCGUUACCAAGGAUUGCUGGGCUCCGCCAACGUCACUGAGAACCACAGACUGAACGACCGCUUACCGGAUGCAGUCGCCAUGCGUCACAAACGCUACAACCGCCACCCUCACCGCUUGAAGCCACGCACUCUGAAUAUCAGUCACCGAGCACUACACAGAUGUGACACGAGACCAUAUGAAACGUGUCUCCCUCAUCGUACAGGAACAUCCUGAACCAGAACGGUACUGCGGGUGACGUUGCCGUCGCGGCGACCCUCUGCAUGUGCGUCGCCCUUCCCAAUCGCUGCGGAAUCGGAGGCGGACUGUUCGCCAUCUACUACAGCUGGAAAGACAAGCAAGCAAUCGUCGUUGACGGACGCGAAACUGCACCGGUGGCCGCCAACUGGAAGUCCUACGAAAGAAUCGGCCGCAUAACCAAGGCCAUGUACGUAGGCGUGCCGGGGCAGAUGGCCGCUCUGGAGACGAUACUAAACGUGACCGGCACCACAGUGCCCUGGGCCAACCUCUUCGUCGACGCGAUAGCCCUGGCGCGUGACGGCUUUCCGGUCAGCCCCGAACUGGCCGAGAUCAUCGCUUCCAAGCCCGAGAUCGGCACCAGUCCACUGCGGUACGACUUUCCGUCUAUUGGUUGUGAUGCGUGUGCUAUGGAUGGGCCAGACGGUGAAGCAGGCCUCCGAUUGGGGUCGGCUGCACCACCAGUUCGUACCGGGCACGCUGUACGCAGAGAGCACCGUUAGUCGCGAAGUUGUGGACACGCUCAAGUUCUUCGGCCACAAGACGGAGGUCGAGGACAGGUCGCCCAGUGACGUCAUGGCAAUCGCACGCACCUUCGGUGAGGCCAGCAGCGGCGACCGCAUCUACGCUACCUACGACUUCCGGCGACAGACCAACAACUUCGUGGACGGAGACUGACACCCACCAGCGUGUUUCGUCACUUCCGGCACCGCACGCGACGAUGGGGAUCGCAGCGCCGUAUGUGGACGGCAUCGGAAGUGCACACUGUUGUAGAUCUAUGCAAAGUUGGCGCGAGUAACUCCACUGCGAACAUUCUAUAGCUUAUUGGUUAUAUAUAGGUAGAAAUCAAGUUGCAAGAUUUCAAGUGUCAUUCUAAUGUAUUAUGGAAACAUUCAAGGCCAAUCUAAUACCAAUUUCAAUAUUGUACCGCAACGUAUUGUUGACGGUAAACACGUGUUUGUAAAAAGUGUAGGAAACAGUGUUGCAUUUACGGCAUCAAUAAGUUUUUAAGCGCCCCACGAAGAUGCAUCAAAUAAAGCAGAAUUUGCUACCGAUUUAAGCAGUCCACAUACCUUUAGUCUUAUUUAAAGCGUUCUCUCACACGAUUAUCGCAAUUGCGCUGACACUGACCUAUUAUGCCUGUCAUCUGCGUAAUGUUUCUUUGAAUUUAAUUGUGAAUAUAUGCAAAAGCUAUUCUUGUGGUCUUCUCUCUUUAUCUUAUCUACAUGCUCUGCUGUUAAGCUUCAAUGUAUUCGUAUUUUUUUGU